GAAAGAUUAAGGAUAAGGACCUUUUAUUUCUUUUUCCCUUUUGAUUUCUUUGCAAAAUUUGUGGGUGGUAGUGAAUGAGAGUGAUCAAAGUGGAUUGUCCAUCUGCGGAUGGCUUGCUAUGUCCCUAACUCUGCAUUCCAGAGGUGUAAAAGAAGCCCACAGAGCUUGUUUGAUUGGAACUUCGGGCAGAGAAAGACUAAUGAUAAGCCACAGCCAAAGUACCAUGACACUGAUCUUCCCUUCUCACUUUCUCUCGUUGGCAAAACAUUCUUGAAAGGUAAAGAACUAAAAUGCUGCUAUCGAGCAACCAUUGAUGGAUUCAGUGCCACUUCAUUUCAUAAUUUCUGUGACUUCAAGGGACCAUGUGUAAUAAUAGGCUACACAAACAAGUCAUUCAAGUUUGGAGCAUUUAACCCAGAAGGCUACAGGAGCACAGAUGAUUACUAUGACACUUUUGACGCAUUUCUCUUUUAUUGGACAGACCAUGAGAAAAUUGAUGAUGAACAACCUAUUGUCUUGCCCAAAGUAGGGGGCAGUGGUGCUGCCCUUUUUGAUUACGCUCGGGGCGGGCCACAGUUCGGGCCUGAUGGGUUGCUCAUCGGACCACCAUUGGCACCGGUUAUGGGCGGAUUCGCAGGGCCUGAUACAAACUCGGGCGUAGGUGACUUGAGGCAAGCAAGAUCCAGGCUGGGAUUGUCUUAUGCUAAAAGGCGUGAUGGGAAGGAGUCAUUGUUUGGUGAUGAGAAUAGAGUUAGCAUUGAAGAAGUUCUUGUGUUUUGUAAUCCUCAAAUUGCAAGCUUAUACUAGGAGAGACUGUUAUUAUGAUUCUCCAAAGUCCACACUUCAAUCUAUGAGAUUUCUGCUCUUUUGUUUGCAAUGGGUAUUUGGGAUUGUGAUGAGUUUCAAAUAUUUUGUUUAAACUCAAUUCAUUAACGUUGUCCAACCUCAGGCUUAGCUUGGCUCUAGCUCG